UUCGCUAAUUUGUCAACACUAGCCAAUCGACAGCUGUUCGCCCAUAAAAAAACAAUAAGACGUGAUUUUUAUAUACACGCAGAUAGGAUUUAGUUUUUUGUAUAUAUAAAAAGCAGCAAGCUAAACAAUUACUAUAUGGACUGCUGCGGUGGUGAAGUGCGCAGCGAAAGCAUAUACAACAUGCUGCAGGCCCUAGUCGACUCUAAAGUGAUCAACGUGCAAUUGUUUACGAUUGCUGUGGGCAUUUUCUUUGUGGUGCUGUUGCUGAAAAAUAACUUCCGAAGCUUCUCUGGCACAUAGAAGACAGUCAGCAGGCAUCCUGUGACGCUUUUAGUGAUUAAUUUAUGUAAUAAUGUAACGUACGCAAUUUAGUUAAGCAUUAAUAAUAAACAUUUCUCAAAAGCACAUAUAAUUUUUGUUCA